CGCGCGCCCCGCCAGCCGCCGACCGGAGGAGGAGGCAAACUUGAGAGAGCGGCGGGCCGAGGGGCGCUCUGGAGGAGGGAAAACUUUAAUCGCCUCCUGAGGGUUGAAAAAAAAAAAAAACCAAAAAAGACCAAAAAAGGGGGGUGGGUGGGAUCCGAACCCCCGAUCGCGGCCCACCGCUCGACCGUGAGAGAAAGUUGACCGGCUGGGCGGCUUGUUCCGCGCCCGGCCCGCGCGAGGCAGAGGUGUCUGUCUGUCCGUCCGCGCUCCGUGAUAGCCGGGGUGGGAGAUCGAGCCGCACUGCCGGUCGCGUGGGUCAAGGCUCUUGCCCCACCCUUCCACGGGGACACGAAGGUAAACGUCGCUUUGGUUUCCCUUCUCUGUCCUGCAGCCACCGCCCAGCUUCCUUUUCCUCCUCUUUCCCCGUUGAUUUUUUUCUCAUUUUUUUUGGGGGGGGGGAGACGAAAAACGGAGUCUCUUUCCUUAUGCAACUUCCUCGGGCGCCGUUUGCACGGCCCUUCCCCCCGCCUUCUGCAUCCCUUGGCCCGCUCCUUUGCCAUCUCGGGGCCACCGCCAGAAACAUGCAUUUGAAAUCACCCAAAGUGCCCAGGAACAAAAAUAGAUUUUAAAAAAUUGUUCCUAAGUUAAAGGAAACUGAGACGAGAAAUAAAAACGUGUGUGUGUGUGUGUGUGUGUGUGUUUGUGUGUUGAAUUUUUAUUUCGGUUUUCGUAGAUGGUUGGUUGUGAUGUCUUUAUUGGUGUGGGGAGCCCUGGAGGCUUUGUACUGGCUACCUCGGUCGCGUGGAUUUUUGCGCAAGUUUUUAGAAAAACACUGACUCGAGUAGAGAGCAUUUCUCCGGAAAGUUUCAAGUGUAGCAAAAUUGCGAGCCUGCAAAACUGGCCGAGGGGGACCUCUAGUGGUUACACUCAUCUUAAGUUCGCGAGGCAAAGAGCAAAGUUUGGCCUUUACUUGUAGCUACGCAGUCCGUUUAGACGUGGAAGUAAUUAGAGGACCCGAGUUAGCAGCUAGAUGUGAGAACGGUGCUGAUCAGAAAUAGAAAGUUUGUAAAUCAGACAACAAUGAAGUGGGAGUUUUCGGGCCCUGUGAUUUCCGCUCUUUCUUGCUUACAUUAAAAAAAUCCUUUUCUGAGAUUUGAGACCGGCAUACCGUAGAUAAGGAAAUUUGUUUUAUCAUUCACUGUUUUCCCCCACUCUAAGAAGUCAUGACAGGUAGCUUAAUUUGGAACAUUAAGGAGAAAUCAAAAUAAAACGUGCUUAAAACUGUGCAAAAAAGUGAAAAAAAAUUUUUUUUUUCUACGAGCCUGUCAUUUUGUUCUCUGAUCCAUGUAAUUUCAGGUUAAAAAGUUAUUCACUAACCUACAUAUAUACUUUUGUAAGAAUAUAAGUUUGAUUCACUAAGUAAAAAGUUAUUACGGGGAUACUUUGUAUAAUUUAUGAUUUUAAUAUAUAUAUAUUUAAAUGAGUUGCAUACCUAUUUCCCAGUGUGUAUACUGUAAAGGAUCUUGAAUUUUAAAGGUAAAAACCAGAGAAAUGAAGAUUGUGCCAAAGCACCCUUGUAACUGCCGCCUGUCAUCAUACGAUGGGCUCACCUAUAUAGCCCAGGCUGGCGUUGAACCUCUAUCUUCCUGCUUCAGGACUGUCCCUAGUGCUUAGGUGGCCUACUCUUGUUUACAAUGAGGAAUUUUGUGUGAAUUUAGAAUAUGGGGAUGAUGUGAAUGGUUAAAGUUAAUUUCGCCUCAUGUGGAACUGGCUGACUUUAUUCUAAUACACAGAGAGAUGUCGUGUGAAAUUAUGCAUGUUGAGUUUGAAUUGGAGAUUAUAGAUGUGAAGGCUUAAGGAGAGGGCUUUGAUUUUUUUUUAUUUUCUUUCCUUUUUUUCCUCUUUUAAAAUCAAUGCUAGAUCCUUAGGAGAAGUCUUGGGGUGCACAGCAGUUGUGAAGGCCGCCAGACGGCUCCGCCUUUCAUCACCGCCUCGAGGUUAAAAAAGUAAAUCAUGACUGAAUCUGCAUCUAGCACAAGUGGUCAAGAGUUUGAUGUGUUCAGUGUUAUGGACUGGAAGGAUGGAGUUGGUACCUUACCAGGAAGUGACUUAAAGUUUAGGGUGAAUGAAUUCGGAGCUCUGGAGGUUAUCACCGAUGAAAGUGAGAUGGAUAGUGUCAAGAAAGCCACUGCCACCACCACUUGGAUGGUCCCAACUGCUCAAGAGGCCCCGACCUCCCCCCCGAGCUCCAGGCCCGUAUUCCCACCUGCCUACUGGACAUCUCCACCUGGAUGUCCCACAGUCUUUUCAGAGAAGACUGGGGUACCAUUCAGGUUGAAGGAUCAAUCAAAAGCAGAUGGGCUUCAGUUCUGUGAGAACUGUUGUCAGUACGGCAAUGGCGAUGAGUGUCUUUCUGGAGGAAACUAUUGCGGCCAGAAUUGUGCUCGGCACGUCAAAGACAACAGAGACCAGAAGGAAGAAAGAGAUGGAGGCGAAGACAACGAGGACGAGGAUCCCAAGUGUAGUCGGAAGAAAAAACCAAAAUUAUCUCUGAAAGCUGACUCCAAGGAAGAUGGAGAAGAGAGAGAUGAUGAAAUGGAGAACAAGCAAGAUGGAAGGAUCCUGAGGGGUUCCCAGAGAGCCAGGAGGAAAAGACGCGGAGACUCAACCGUCUUAAAGCAGGGUUUGCCUCCUAAAGGCAAGAAAACUUGGUGCUGGGCAUCCUACCUAGAGGAGGAGAAAGCUGUGGCUGUGCCCGCAAAGCUGUUCAAAGAGCACCAGUCCUUUCCAUAUAACAAAAAUGGAUUCAAAGUCGGAAUGAAACUAGAAGGUGUGGACCCGGAGCAUCAGUCUGUGUACUGUGUCCUCACCGUGGCGGAGGUUUGCGGAUAUAGGAUAAAGCUUCAUUUUGAUGGAUAUUCUGACUGCUAUGACUUCUGGGUAAAUGCGGAUGCUCUGGACAUCCACCCUGUAGGAUGGUGUGAGAAAACUGGCCACAAGCUCCAGCCUCCAAAAGGGUAUAAAGAAGAAGAAUUUAAUUGGCAGUCCUACCUGAAGACGUGCAAAGCCCAGGCUGCUCCCAAGUCAUUAUUUGAAAAUCAGAACAUAACAGCUAUCCCGUCAGGCUUUCGAGUUGGGAUGAAGCUUGAGGCUGUAGACAAAAAGAACCCUUCCUUCAUCUGUGUUGCUACGGUAACAGACAUGGUGGACAAUCGCUUCCUGGUACAUUUUGACAACUGGGAUGAGAGCUAUGACUAUUGGUGUGAAUCGUCCAGUCCACACAUUCAUCCAGUUGGUUGGUGUAAAGAGCACAGAAGAACCCUCAUUACCCCACCAGGCUAUUCGCACGUGAAACACUUUUCUUGGGAUAAGUAUUUAGAAGAAACCAAUUCUUUACCUGCUCCUGCAAGAGCUUUCAAAGUGAAACCGCCACAUGGAUUCCAGAAAAAAAUGAAGCUGGAAGCUGUAGACAAAAGAAAUCCAUUGUUUAUCAGAGUAGCAACUGUUGCAGAUACAGACGAUCACCGGAUCAAGGUUCAUUUUGAUGGCUGGAGCAGUUGCUAUGACUACUGGAUAGAUGCAGACUCUCCAGAUAUUCACCCUGUGGGUUGGUGUUCCAAAACUGGACACCCUCUUCAGGCUCCUCUAAGCCCUGCAGAAUUAAUGGAGCCAUCAGAAACCGGGGGAUGUCCAACUCUAGGCUGCAGGGGGGUCGGUCAUUUUAAAAAAUCGAGGUACCUAGGAACUCAGAGUGGUGCCUACUGCCCCUAUUCAGAAAUCAACUUGAGUAAAGAGCGCAUUUUCCCGGACCGCCUUAGCGGUGAGAUGCCUCCAUCUAGUCCGUCAUUUCCAAGAAGUAGAAGGACAGACAUAAAUGAAAGCUCGUCAUCUCCUGAAACCAGGGAACACCGUGCUAAUGACGUCAAAGAAGAUUCUGCACAGAAACCAGAAAAUGAAGCGAGAACGUCAGCCGAAGCCAAAGUUGUUCGGGAAGAACCUACUCCUACCAUCCAGCAGGCUCAGCAGGUACAGAAGACUCAACAGGUACCGCAAGUACAGCAGGCUCAGGCUGUUCAGCAGCCCCCGCAGGUACCGCAGCCUCAGCAGCCUCCGAAGGCGCCACAGACCCAGCCGCCUCAGCAGGUUCCACAGGGGCAGCAGACUCCGCAGGCGCAGCAGGCGCAGCAGCUGCCUUCAUCAGCUCAGCAGCCCCAGCAGCCUCCCCAGCAGGCCCAGCAGACUGCGCAGGCGCAGCAGACUCCCCAGCAGGCCCAACAGGCCCAGCAGGCUCAGAGGCGGUCAGCUGUCUUUCUCUCCUUUAAGCCCCCAAUUCCAUGUCUGCCCCUGCGCUGGGAGCAGCAAAGCAAGCUUCUUCCAACUGUCGCUGGAAUCCCUGCCAGUAGAGUUUCCAAAUGGAGCACAGAUGAGGUGUCAGAAUUCAUUCAGAGCUUGCCUGGGUGUGAAGAACAUGGAAAGGUGUUUAAGGAUGAACAAAUUGAUGGAGAAGCAUUUUUACUCAUGACCCAAACAGACAUUGUUAAAAUUAUGAGCAUUAAGCUGGGUCCAGCUCUCAAAAUUUUCAAUUCUAUUCUGAUGUUUAAAGCUGCGGAGAAGAAUUCCCACAAUGAACUGUGAAGGCGGUGAAUUCUGGUACCCUCAGCUUCCGCUUUAAAGCUCAUCAUGUUUAUUCAAAGCACAAGGGCGGAUCUAGCUCCUGAGGGAGAAGUUUUCAGGACUCACAAGGGCAGCGCACAGGAGUCCAUGGUCCCUCCAGACUGCGCAUGCGUUCCUAGGAACCGUUUGCCUGGGCUUCUCACCAGCCGCUGGCCAGCACCGGUCAUCUUUCAGUUCUGCUCACCGAGCUAAACUUACCUUUGUAAAUCUUUUGGAGGUGGGAGGAGGGUGGGGAAACGGGGGCUUCAUUAUUUAUGGAUGGGGGGGAGCAAAAUAAGAACUUUCGGCAUUUUGUAAACAUUGUUGGAUUCUCUUUCAUGUAUACGUUCUUUUUUUCAAUACUUUCAGAAACCUUUUUAUAUAACUGAAUUUCAACCUAAACCAAAUCCGUUGAAACCUGGCUGAGUUUAGCCUGGGACUAGUGUCAGUCGUGUUCGCCCUGUGCCAUAUUUGGAAUUGCAGCGUUAGCCAAGUGUAAUUUUGCGAGUCACGAUAUCGCCUAACUGUGUGUCAUCCUUUGUUGGGACUGAAGAACUGUAAAUACUGCCUUUCUUUGAAUCCAUGUUUUUACUUUUGCACGUAUUAUGAAUUGUUAAACAAAUUACUUUUCACCAGCAUCUUUACUGUUGUUACCAAAAAAAUGUAUAUAAAAGAAUGGAAUUGAAAAAUAAAAUAUAUAAACCUA